CGCAUCGGUUGCUCAGACCUCACCUCUCCCGUUUCCAUCAGCUGCUCAGACCUCCCCUCCCCGUUUGGCCGCCGCCCCUCGCCUCCUCCUCCUCUGCCGACUUGCCAAGGCUCUUGGUUGCAGGGCUGAUGGCACUCGAAUCCAAGUCCUCGUCGAGGUGUACCACGGAGACGGCGAAGGGAACGCACGUCUUGGAGAUCGUCGGGUACAGCCUCGAGAAGGGCCUGGGAAUCGGCAAGUUCGUCCAGUCGGCCAUCUUCACCGUCGGCGGCUACGACUGGACCAUCCGCUUCUACCCUGACGGAGCCAACAUAUCAUACGCCGAUUGCGUUUGCGUGUCGGUUUCGCGCGACCUCACGGGCAAGAGCAAGGGGGUGGCGCGGGCAUCCUGUGAUCUGCGACUGGUUAACAAGGAUACUGGGUUGCCAAAGAGUAUUUGGUAUCCGUCUCAACCAACCCCGUCAGUGUUCGACUACAAUAAUCGUGUUUUCCCAGAAUGUGGAGGGUCUAUUGAAAGGAGUGAGCUGGAGCUGGAAGCAUCAGAGUACAUUAAGGAUGAUAGCUUGACAAUUGAAUGUGUACUCACAGUCAUCAAACAAUCGCAGGUGACAAAAACAACCGGGAGCUCUGAAAUCAAGGUGUCAUCGUCGAACUUAUCAGAUCAUUUCGGCAAGCUGUUGUUAGAGGGGAAGGGGUCCGACGUGACAUUCAGUGUUGGCGGAGAGACUUUUGCCGCACACAAGAUCAUACUUGCGGCGCGAUCACCUGUCUUUGAGGCGGAGAUGUAUGGAGGGAUGAAGGAAGGAAAGGCAGAGUCCAUUACAGUUGAAGACAUGCAGCCUGCUGCUUUCAAGGCCUUACUGCAUUUUGUAUAUACCGACUCAUUGCCUGAUGUGGGUGAUUUUGGUGGUGAUGAUUACGUUGAGAUGAUCCGGCAUUUACUUGUGGCUGCCGAUAGAUAUGCCAUGGAUAGGCUGAAGUUGAUAUGUCAAAACAUCCUCGGAAAAAACCUUGCCAUGGAGACUCUGGCAACUACAUUGGCUUUAGCUGAUCACCAUAACUGUGACAGGCUUAAGGAAGCGUGCAUUGAGUUUAUUGCCUCUAAGGAUGAGAUGGAUGCUUUGAUGGCAACACAAGGUUACAGUAAUCUCAAAAGAACUUGCCCUUCCGUCUUAAUAGACGUGUUCGAGAAGGCAAGUAGGUUGCGCAGAGCAUAGGUGAGCAGCUCAUUCUAAGCGGAGUCGAUUGACAACAUUAUGUACUUCUUAAAUCGUAUGAAAAGCUAGCUAGUUAGUUUCCUAGAGCAGCUCGUGCUAACCUGAACCGGUGGGUGGUAAGUCUAGUUUAUUACAAUAUGUGCACCUUUUGUCAAACUACUGGAUUCCAGAAUUGUUGAACGUCAGGGUGUUGAACUGUUCUGGCCUCAUCUAUGAAUGAAUAUCAGAUAACAGCAUAAGUAGCUACUA